AUGUACAUUUCAACAACAGCGUGGCUGUUUCCACUGCUCUCGUCGGCUGUGGCCUCGCCAGCGACUGUCUCGCCAGCUACCUCGUCACUAGAGACCCGCGGAUUGUCAGACGUGCUAUCAAUUCUCACGAGCACCAUUGAGGGUGUCGCCUACCUGGGACAAGGCAUCACACAAGAUCUAGCGCUACUAGUGUCUGCACUGGGUGAUGUCCAGAAUGGCAAGAUCGAUCCCGUCACAACCAUCGAAGAGGCCCUGGGUUCUCUAGGAAAUGUCCGCAAUGCAAGUGAAGUGGGUCUCAUUGGGGUAGCCAUCGAUGUCGUCAAGAACGGCCUGGCACCGAAAAACAUUCUCGACCUCGUGCAGGGCCUAACAGCCGAGUCGUUGAAUUCCAUGGCCAACAACAACACCAAGGAACCCAUCAGCACGAUAUUCCCCAAAAAGGCUGCCGGCGAUGCACCCUACGAUAUCAGCGAGGAGUCCCUCCGAUCAUCAAUCCACAUCCCCGAGGGAUUCCAAUAUGGUGCCAAUGGCAAACGCCCAGUCCUGCUCGUCCCAGGCACGGCCAAUCCUGCCGGUACCACGUACUACUUCAACUACGAGAAACUAUUCACAGCAAGCGACUUUGCCGAUCCAGUCUGGCUCAACAUCCCCGGCAACACCCUCGGCGACAUCCAGGUAACAGCAGAGUACAUUGCCUACGCGAUCAACUACAUCGCCGGAAUCUGCGACAACGCCCAGAUCGGCGUGCUAGCCUGGUCCCAGGGCAGCAUCGACGUGCAGUGGGCGCUGAAGUACUGGCCCUCGACAUGGGCGUCCGUCUCGGACUUCCUCUCCAUCAGCGGCGAGUUCCACGGCACCCUUUUAGAAAUCCCAUGCGUGGUCCCGAACCCCGUGUGCAAGCCGGCCCUCCGCCAGCAAAGCUACAACUCCAACUUGAUCACGACGCUGCGCGCCGGCGACGGCGACUCGGCAUACGUCCCCACGACAAGUGUCUACUCAGGCAUUGACGAGCUGGUUUCUCCGCAAAGUGGUCCCGAGGCCUCGGCGCGUCUGAAUGAUGUGCGCGGCGUGGGCGUCACUAACACGCAGAUUCAGCUCGCUUGUCCGGGCAAGCCGGCUGGUUCGCUGUAUACCCAUGAUCCGCUGUUGUUCAAUGCGUUGGUUUAUGCGCUGUUUGCCGAUGCGCUGGUGCAUGAUGGUCCUGCGGAUCUGGCUCGCGUUGACUUGGAUACCGUGUGCAACCGGCUUGUUGCUCCUGGGCUUGACUUGACUGAUGUGCUUGGUACGGAGGUCGAGGCUUAUGUUUAUAAUGUUAUUGAGGCGCUUUCUUACAAGGGUGAGGAUUCUGGUGAGGAGCCUCCUAUUAAGGAGUAUGCUCGCAUUUCAUCCUGA